AGUCGCUUCAUACUACAGAAACCGGAAUAAGCUCCCGCCCGAUGAGCCACUUGGCUCGUAUGCAGACUUUACUUUACUCUUUUUACCAUUUGCCCUACAACAAUGCGGCAUUACUGAUUUAUCUUUUUAUAGGAUAACAACCAAGAGAAGAAACGUCAAGCAGGUUAAUCCCCAUUCAAGUCCUUAGGCCCCAGUAAUCCGGAGGGGCCUCUUAAUUUUAUUUUUAGACAUGGUACCCAGUCCUUCAGACGGAUUUGAGCGGAAGCAAGCCAUCGACAUUGCUAUGUCGUCUUGACACCUUUCCCUUGAAAAACCACGUCGGGAAAUUGUGAUAACUUGUCUGGUUUGUUUUUUUUACGAGCAGGUAAAUUUUGAUAGUUGAUAAAACACGCACCUAAAUAUUGAAAGUUUUUAUUUUUCAUUUCUCAUCUGCCUUGGAGAUAUCAUCGACAGUUUUGCAUUUUCUGCCAUCACUUCGUCCUUUCCUUUCGGUGACUGCUUUAAUGCACUACUAUAUAGCGAGCUAAUUGCUUUUACUCAUUGUGACGUAGCGCGAAACAUUGCAGUGUAGUGUAUUGUAUUGUAGUGUAUUGCAGUGCAGUGUAGUGAGUGCCCUGUAAUGCAGUGCUGUGGGCAGUGCUGUGUAGUGCAGUGUAGUAGAGUAGAGUGAGGUGUUGUACAGUGCUAUGCAGUGCAGUGCAGUGCAAUGCAGUGCAGUAUAAUCGGGCAAGGAAUUGAUCCACGAAAAGAAAAAUGGGAAUCACCGAGCAUCCGAGAGAGUAAAUUGCAGGCGAAGUUGAAGCUCCCGGUGCCAAGCUCUAUACUUGCUUCAAUAUUUCUUCCGUUGUGCACGCGCUUGAUAUAUGACGUGGCGCGACAUUGCGACCUAAUUAAAUUUCGUGCGCAGAAGGGAUGCGCAGUAUUACUGGGCGCGAACGUCCCCAAGUAUUGUGUUGUUGCUCCAAGUGCUGUCCUCAACAACCAAUCAACGUAUGUUUUCGUGUCAUGUAAUUUUGCUUGAAUUGACGUCCUAUAGCCGCCCAUAAGCUUAAGUCUAUGUAAAUUUCCACUGAAGCGAUUGACAGGCGCUUAAGAGCAACAGGUUGCAAAUCAGUCAAACAUAACAGCGGGGUACCUUUUGUCCUACGACAAUCCGGCAUUACUAAUUUAUCCGAUUUGGCGGGAUAUGAACCGAGUUCCGUAAACGUAGGAAACUGAAUACAAAAGCAAAAGUUUGAAGUAAUUAGCACCGUGUCGGACCCCAAAAAUUCCAGUCCGGAGCUUCCAUGAUUCUUCUUCUCUGUGUGACGUUGCUCAAGUGUUUUCUGGCGACCACUGCCGAGACUGGUAACCAGUUAGGUUACGACAACCUAGGAUGUUGGCAUCUCCCGGAAAAUGACACAGCAGCAGUUGCGAGCUUAGAGGGGCAUCACAACGGGCUGGAAGGAUUCUACUGGGACAGAGUAAACUCAGUCUUAAAGUGCGCAACAGUCGCGAAUGACAAAGGGUUUAAGUAUUUUGCGGUUCGUAAUGGCGGCGAGUGCUUGGCAGAUGACAAGCUUCAAGUGAGAUACAAGGACCACGGGGAAUCACAAGAAUGCUUUGAAGGAGAAGGAGGCCAUGAAGCCAUCAACGUUUAUAACAUAACGGGUACCAUUCCUUCCUUGGAAGACUUUGAAGGGGACAUCCUACUCACUAAAGUGCAGAAAGCCAUGACUACACCUUUCCAUCUUGAUGUAGCAGCCGCUGGAGUCUGGGCCCAAGCGGAUUUUUUAUGGCCUGAAAGAAUUGUGCCGUAUUACAUUCCACCUGAUCUUGUCGGGCACCAUUUAGCUGAUAGGUUUCAUCAUGGCAUGCGUCACUGGUUUGAGCAGACCUGUAUCAAGUUUGUCCCCAAGAAAACGGGCCACAGAGACUGGGUCGAGUUAUACCGGGAAAAGAACCCGUUAAGUCGCAGAUGCGCUUCGUCGAUUGGUCGAAUUGGUGGCUAUCAACCAAUCAAACUUGGAGAUCACUGUCCUCCUGGUAGCGUCAUUCAUGAGGUGGGGCACUCGCUUGGCUUAUGGCACACACAGUCUCGGCCAGACAGGGACAAAUACAUACAGAUACUUUGGGACAAUAUACUACCAGGUAAAUCGGAUCAGUUCAAGAAAUACUACCACGGCGGUGGAGACGAACUUAAAGUCAAAUACGACUACAUGAGUAUUAUGCAUUACGGGAAAGACUAUUUCGCAAAACUAGAUUCAGAACGAAGGCAUUAUCUGGUGACAAUCAAGACCAAGGACCCGAAGUAUCAGAAUCGAAUUGGCCAAAGACAAUACCUGACAUCUAACGAUCUCCUAAUGAUAAAUACCAUGUAUGGAUGCCCAGAUUAUCCACACAUGUGGCACACUGGGCAUUGGAAUGAUUGCUCAUCUCCAUGUGGCUCAGGGAAACAAACACGACACGUUUACUGUGAAAAAAGCGAAGGAGAAAAGGUAUCUUCGAAAUAUUGCAGCAAGACGAAACUACCAGUACAAUCUCGUAAAUGCUAUGGAAAACAAUGCGAAACCUGUCCACGGGAUUGGCUUUUUUUCAACAAUGCUUGUUAUCAAGUGAACUUAGAAAGGAAAAAUAUACAAGAUGCGACCGAUUCGUGCCUGGAUAACGGAGCAGGAAUUCUAACUCUCAGGAGUAGCGAAGAGGAGACCUUUUUACGAGAAGAACUGGAGAAGGACAAUCUGAACAAUAUAUUUUACUGGCUUGGUGCGAAGUAUAGCCCAAGCAAAGGUAAUUUUGCCUGGCCUGAUGAUACGGAAGUUGUUUACAACGCAUGGAAUCCAGGAGAGCCUCGAUUUGGAUUGGACUGUUCUCUAAUGAUGAAUAGGAAAGGCUGGGGUACAGAUAGGUGCGACAUGGAACGAAGCUUUAUUUGUAAGAAAGAACUGAAGAAUUACAAGCGAAGUGAAGUCAAGGUAAAGACGGAAAAGAAAGAAGACUACAAGUGGUAUGCAGAAGACUGGGACGAGUGUUCGGUUUCUUGUGGUGGAGGCCAAAGAAAUAGGAAGACAUUUUGCGGUGUUGACAACAAGAGAGAGGUUGAAGACACUUUGUGCGAGGAUCCUCCACCCGCAGCAUGGCAAGAAUGCAACGUGGAACCAUGCCCCUCUGAAUAUAAAUGGAACGUGGGAGACUGGCAAGACUGCAGUAGGACUUGUGGAGGUGGAACCAAACGCCGAACAAAGAUGUGUGUUGGAAAAAAUAUGAUAUCUACCUCCUGGAAAUUAUGUAAGGACAAAGCACCAGUUACUAAACAGAAGUGCAACACUGAGCCUUGUCCAAGAAGAAAGAUUCAACUAUCACCAUCACCAGUCUGGAAGGUGAGCUCUUGGAGCAAGUGUUCUAAGACUUGUGGAUCUGGGCAUCAGAUAAGAGGUGUAUUUUGUUCCAGGAGCAAUAAUAAACCACUAAAUACGUCGGCUUGUGAUGGGAAAACAAAACCCACUGAUCUGCGACGGUGUUUUUUGAAGGAAUGCAUACUUAAAAGAGGUUUGUAUUUAAAAUGAAAAAAUGUACGUUUCUAUUCACAAAAAAAUAUCUUAGAACAUAAGCAAACGAUAUUUGCUU